AUGCCAGCUAAAGAAACUUUCGGUUCUCAAUCAGCAAUCGAAUUGCUUCGUCAAUUUUUCGAUCAUGGUAGCUGGUACGAGCUAAAAAAGCCAGAAAAAAUCUGGAUUCUCGAUACAAUGUUUAUUUGUGCUAUGGCACCACCCGGUGGUAGUAGACAAGAAAUUUAUCAAAGAUUUCUCCGUCAUUUCAAUCUGUAUUCCAUCAGUGAAUUCUCGACGGAAAGCGUUACUCGAAUUUUCACGAAUAUAGCCUUUAUCGGACUCAAACGAAAUGGUUUCACGACAUCAAUUAUUCCGAUCAUAAGCGAAUUCGUGAAUGCUACUAUGGAGUUAUACAAAGCAGUUAGCAAGGAAUUCAGACCAACUCCGGCUAAACCACAUUAUUCGUUUAACCUUCGUGACUUUACUCGAGUAAUAUUAGGUUUUAUAUUGAUAAAAACAAAAAGUGCCGCGUCGAAAAAUAACUUAACCAAAUUAUGGGUCCACGAAAUCUUAAGAGUAUUUGGUGAUCGUUUGAUAGACGCAACGGAUCAUCGUUGGCUAUUUGACAAAAUAAAAGAUACCACACAAAAUGUAUUAAAAGAAUCAUUCGAUACGGUAUUCGAUCAUCUGCCGAAAUUUCAAGGCAAAAUAACAGAAGAAAGUUUACGAAGUUUGAUCUAUAGUAAUUUUAUGAAUAUGGAAGCAUCAGCGGAUGAACGUCUUUACGAGGAAAUACUUUCGAUAACGGAAUAUAGAGAAGUAGCUUUGGCUUAUCUCGAAGAAUACAACAAUACUCAUAGGAAAAAAAUCGACAUAGUGAUGUUCCGUUAUGCUUUGGAACACUUGGCAAGAAUUUGUCGAGUACUUACCAUUUCUAACGGCAGUUUAUUAAUGAUUGGUGUUAGUGGUUCCGGACGACAAUCUUUAACAAAAUUAGCAUCUAGCAUGGCUGGACAUGGACUUUUUCAACCAGAAAUUGGUAGCGCGUAUGGGCUGAACGAAUGGAGGGAAGACAUUAAAAAGGUUUUAAAGAAUUCCGGUGGAGUUGGUAAAAAUUUUGUCUUUCUAUUUUCUGAAGGACAGAUCAAGGAAGAAGCUUUCCUAGCUGAUAUCGAUAGUCUUCUUAAUAUCGGAGAAGUACCUAAUCUUUUCACAAUUGAAGAAAAACAAGAGAUCAUAGAGAUGUGUCGAUUGGAUGCUCAAGGUGGUAAUCGUAAUUUGGACAUAUCCGUGCUAGCUGUAUUAACAUUUUUUAUUAAUCGUUGCAAAGAAAUGUUACACAUAAUGUUAUGCUUCAGUCCAAUCGGUGAUACUUUCAGAAUAAGAUUAAGACUUUAUCCGAGUUUAGUAAAUUGUUGCAACAUCGAUUGGUUCGAAGUAUGGCCCGAGGAAGCACUCGAACAAAUAGCACUUCACAAUACAGCAAAUAUCAACGUCGACGAGGACGUUAAAGUUAACGCCGUUACUGCUUGUAAAUAUUUUCAUAAUUGUGCCAAGGAUAUCAGUGAUCAUUUUUAUAAAUUAUCUGGUAGAAUAACUUACAUUACUACAGCAAGUUUUCUUGAUCUGAUGCAUACUUACGUCGAAUUAAUUGACGAGAAACAAAAAGAACUCACUCUGGCAAGGGAUCGAUAUCUCAAUGGUUUGAACAAGUUAGAAUUUGCUGCCGAACAGAUUCAACGUAUGAAAGAGGUUCUUUCGGAAUUAAGACCGCAACUCGAAUUGUCCGCAAAAGAAACCACAGAAACUAUGAAGCAAAUAGAAACGGAGAAUGUGAGUGUUGAGAAAGCAACGAUUUUGGUUAAAAAAGACGAAGAUGCAGCCAAUGUUCAAGCCAAAAUUGCAGAGAACUUAAAGUUGGAAUGUGAGGCUGAUUUGGCUCAAGCCCUUCCUGCUUUGGACGAAGCAAUAGCUGCAUUAAAUACACUUAAACCUGCUGAUAUCUCGGUUGUAAAGACGAUGAAAAGUCCUCCAGAAGGAGUGAAAUUAGUAAUGGCUGCAGUGUGCGUUAUGAUGGGAAUACCUCCAGUUAAAAUCGAUGAUCCAAUUACUGGACGUAGAAUUUUAGAUUAUUGGACACCCAGUAAACGUUUCUUAGGUGAUAUGAGGUUUCUCGAUACUUUGCGUCAAUAUGACAAAGACAAUAUCCCAACUCAUAUAAUGGAUGAAAUUAAGAAGACAUACAUGACGGAUAAAAAUUUCGAGCCAAGAAUUGUAGCCAGAGCAUCAUCAGCUGCUGAGGGUCUUUGCAAAUGGGUUCGUGCUAUGGUAUUGUACGACGAAGUAAUCAAAGAAGUUGCACCGAAAAAAGCCAAAUUGGCAGCAGCACAAACAGAAUACGAAAAGACCAUGGCGUUCUUAAACGAAAGACGUCAAAUGCUCUCUGAUUUGACGGAAAAACUUUAUCAUCUAAACGAAAGAUUGCAAACUACUCUCGCAAAGAAGCUCGAAUUGGAAAACGAAGUUGCUAAUUGUAGAAGCAAACUCGUACGUGCCGAAAAACUGAUCGAUGGUUUAGGAGGGGAAAAAGAUCGUUGGUUAGCUGCAGCUGCUAAUUUGAAAACAGCUUACGACAUGCUUCCAGGAGAUAUUUUAAUUUCUUGCGGAGUUAUAGCUUAUCUCGGCCCGUUCACGGCUAGUUAUCGAACAGAAAAUAUAGAUAAGUGGAAAGUAUUUGUACAAAACUUGAACAUACCUUGUUCGCCUGACUACAAUUUUGUGGAAAUAUUAGGAACCGAGAUAAAAAUUAAUUCGUGGAAUAUAUUCGGUUUACCUCGAGAUCAAUUUUCUAUAGAAAAUGCGAUCAUCAUGGAUAAUUCUAAGAGAUGGAGUUUGUUCAUAGAUCCACAGAGUCAAGCAAACAAGUGGAUUCGUCAUAUGGAAAAACAAAGCGAAUUGGAGAUCAUCAAAGUAACGGAUAAAAAUUAUAUGAAUAUCAUCGAGCAAGCUAUUGAAUAUGGAAAGCCAGUUUUAAUAGAAAAUAUUUUAGAAGAUCUCCCAGCACCUCUUGAUCCUAUUCUCAGGAAAAACAUUUAUGAUGUCGCAGGAGUAUGGCAUAUUACUUUAGGAGAAACUGCCAUUGAAUAUGAUUUACGUUUUAGAUUAUACAUCACUACGAAAUUACGAAAUCCUCAUUAUCUUCCAGACGUUUUUAAUAAAAUCACUUUGAUUAAUUUUGCUUUGACGAUCGAGGGAUUGGAAGAUCAAUUAUUAGAAAUCGUUGUAGCGAAGGAAAGACUGGAUUUGCAAGAAAAACGAGAAUACUUGAUAAUCGAAAGUGCUUCGAAUAAGAGAGCCUUGAAACAGGUCGAGGAUAAUAUUCUUAAAACAUUAUCUAUAGCUGGUGGUGGUAUUUUGGAAGACGAAGAAGCGAUCGAAAUUUUGGACUCAUCUAAAAUUCUUUCGAUUGAUAUACUUAAGAAACAGGAAGCUGCAAAAAAGACGGAAAAAACUAUCGAAGUUUUUCGUCAAAGUUAUCAACCUAUCGCGAAAUAUAGUUCAGCUCUUUAUUAUACCAUUACAGAUUUACCAAACAUAGAUCCUAUGUAUGAGUUUUCAUUGCAAUGGUUUAUCAAUCUUUACGUUGUCUCCAUUGAUUUGGCAAACAAAAGUAAAGUCUUAGAACGUAGACUUGGAUUUUUGAAAAGUACAUUCACCUAUCAUUUAUAUCAAAAUGUUUGUAGAUCAUUAUUUGAGAAAGAUAAGAUAUUAUAUUCUUUCGUAUUGUAUUCAACGAUUCUAUUGUCAAGUAAUCAAAUAAAUAAAGAAGAGUUUCUAUUUUUCUUAUCUGGUGGUAUGGCAUUGAAAAAAGUAACACAAAAUCCAGCACCCGAUUGGCUUCCAGAUAAAUCGUGGACUGAAAUCGAUAGAAUAGAUACUUUACCAAAUUUCAAAAAUUUUUCACAAAGUUUUAUCAAGAAUUUAACUAAAUGGAAAGCAUAUUACGAUCUAUUUAAUCCUGAAAAAGAAUCUUUACCAGAACCAUGGGAAAAAACAUUGACUUAUUUUCAAAAAUUAAUUGUUAUAAGAAUGAUCAGACCUGACAAAAUUAUUAUUGCAAUACGAGAAUUCGUUAAGGAUGGAUUAGGAAUUAAAUUUGUAACUCCACCACCAUUUGAUUUAUCCAAAUCUUAUAUGGAUUCAACUUGUACAGUUCCACUAAUUUUUAUUCUAUCAUCUGGUUCUGAUCCGAUGGGAGCCUUGACCAACUUUGCCAAUAAUAUGGAUUAUCUAUCGAAAUUUUCUACUAUCUCAUUGGGUCAAGGACAGGGUCCAAUAGCGCAAAAAUUAAUUAGCGAUGCUCAACGCGAAGGUUUAUGGGUCUGCUUACAAAACUGUCAUUUAGCUGUAUCUUGGAUGCCUGUUCUUGAAAAAAUUUGCGAAAGUUUCAAUCUGACAAAUACUCAUACUAAAUUUCGUUUAUGGUUGACUAGUUAUCCUUCUGAUAAGUUUCCUAUAACAGUUUUACAAAAUGGUUUAAAAAUGACGAAUGAACCACCGACUGGUCUUCAACAAAAUAUUAUGAAAUGUUAUUUAUCCGAAGCUGAUAAAGAACCAGAUUUUUUCCAUACAUCACCUCAAAAGAAAAGAAAUUAUUCAAAAUUAUUAUACGCUUUAUGCUUCUUUCAUGCACUCAUCCAAGAACGAAGAAAUUAUGGACCUCAAGGGUGGAAUAUUAAAUACGGCUUCGAUGAUUCUGAUCUACAAAUAUCGGUGCAGCAGCUUCAAUUUUAUAUCGAAGAUUACGAACAAGUUCCAUUUAAAGCAAUCAUUUAUCUUACGGGUGAAUGCAACUACGGUGGAAGAGUUACAGAUGAGAGAGACCGUAGAUGUUUAAAUACUAUUUUAGAUGACUUUUACAAUCCUGAUGUAAUCACAAAUAUCAAUUAUUCGUUCGCCGAUAUUGGUCCAGAAUACAUGUUACCUAAAAAACACGAAUAUAAAGAUUAUAUUGAACAAAUAGAAGGGAUUCCCGUUAUUACACCACCAGAAGUAUUCGGAUUGCACAUGAAUGCAGGAAUAACUCGUGAUCUUGAAAGUUCUAAGAAUUUUUUCGAUUCUAUGAUGUUAAUUCAAGGAACCGUCACUGUUGGUGACAUUAUGAAACAGGAUGAAUUAUUGUUGCUCAUGAAAGAAAAUAUUUAUAAUAAAUUACCAGAUCUGUUUGACAUAGAAGAGGCUCAAAAAUUAUAUCCAACGAUGUAUAUGGAAUCAAUGAACACUGUAUUGAUACAAGAAAUGGAAAGAUACAAUAUACUUUUAGCUGAAAUGAAAAAUUCAUUGGUAAUGUUAGAAAGAGCUAUAAAAGGUCUUAUAGUAAUGACAGCAGCUUUGGAGAUUUUAGGUUCACACAUAAUUAAUGAUAAAGUUCCACCUUCUUGGAUUAGAGCAAGUGCUUAUCCAACAUUAAAACCAUUGUCAAGUUUUAUCGACGAUUUCUUAAAACGUUUAGAUUUCUUUAAAACAUGGUUAAUAGAAGGAAAACCAAAGACUUUUUGGAUAUCCGGAUUUUCAUUCGUUCAUGCAUUUUUAACGGCUGCGGCACAAAAUUUCGCGAGGAAAUAUAAAAUACCGAUUGAUAAAAUCAAUUUUGAUUUUCAAGUAAUGCCAUCAUACAAAUUAGAUGAAUCUCCAAUAGACGGAGUAUAUGUUUACGGUAUGUAUUUAGCUGGUGCAAGGUGGGAUAUGAAAAAUAUGUUACUUGCUGAAAGUUAUCCAAAAGUACUUUGGGAAUCUAUGUCAAUAAUAUGGUUUAAACCAUCCGAAACAAUUAAUAUAAUAAUUAGAGGACGAUACGAAUGUCCUUUAUAUAUAACAUCUGCUCGGUUUGGAGUGCUAAAAACUACAGGUCAUUCUACUAAUUAUGUAUUAUCUAUACUUCUUGACACCAAUAAGGCUGUCAGUCAUUGGAUUAAAAGAGGUCUAGCUUUAUUGUGUCAGCUCGAUAAUUAA